CGAGAUAUAUGGAGAAUUCUAUAUGCAGGAAGAUUUAUACACCGCAUAUUACAUCCCAUAAGGUUAUAAAAAAAAGUACGCAACCAAAUUUUAUGCGCGGGAAUUAAUUUAUAUUCAUACAUCUGUUGAGACACGCGCGAAAGGUUUUGCAUGUUGAAUUAUUGUUACAACGGUCUCAUAUACUCGGUUGUAGCAUCUGUCAAAUUUCGCGUCAUCAAUACGGAGAAAACCACAUGACCGUAAUAUAAAUAUUAUGUAACAACAAUUCAAUAAUCAUCAAACUAAUACGCGCAUAAUGUGACACAGGCGCCGCGAUUUAAGCAUCACAAACAACAAUCAAUCGCGCUUUAAAAAUACCGAAUCGAUCGAGAAACAAGAAGAAUUUUGUACACACAGCUAUAGAGAAAGAAGAUCACUUUAUACACUACAUUCUAUAUACCAACUUAAUAAAAGGUAACUAAAUUUCACAACAAGUCAAAAAAUUAAAACUUCUUCUCCAUCCCAAUUUUUCAAAAAUGAAAAUGCCAGCUCAUUCAUUCUCCACGUACCAUAAUUCUCUCUAUAUAUACUAAAGGAAAAGCUCGACACAUCGCCACACAAACACAAACACAGCAAUCAUUCACAUAACAAUACUCUUGUCUUCCUCUCUAAUGGCGGCGGCGGCGGCGGCAGGCAACAACGACAUGAUCCGCCUCAACGUGGUGGUGAUGGUGACCCAGACCCUGCCCGAAAACGGCUGCGAGGACACCAUGAUGAAUUACCGCGUCUUCACCCUCCCCCACGCGCCGCUGCUCAGGGCGGACACCGCCGCCCCGUUGCUGCGCGACGUCGUGGGGUUCUUCUCCGUCCCGAUGGACCCUGCCAUCGUCGAAAAGGUCGUCGAAUCUGCCUGCCACCUCCUCCUCCCUCCUCCUCUCGCUGAUGGUGAGGCGGCGGCAGACAAUGAUGGUGCCCCGCCGCUGACCACGGUUGAGAUCACGGUGGACCACGGGGUCGUGUCCGUGGUUGGAGAUUUCGAUGAGGUGAGCGACGAGGAGGACGAUAGCGAUAGCGAUUGGGACGACGAGGAUGGUGAUGAUGGUGGUGAGGGGGAAGGGGAGGGAAUGGAGGUGCAGGUGGAGGUGAAGGUGGAGGAGGCAGUGAAGAAGAUGGAGUAGAUUGAUCAUUGAGUUUGUUAGUGUUAUGUUUUGAUAUUGAGUCGUUGUUAUGUCGAUUGUUUUCGUGUUGUUAUGUAAUGUCUUUGGUUGUGUGUGUUUUGUUUUGUGUGGUUUAAUGUUUCGGUAUUAUGGAGUUUGUUAGUUUUAUGUUUUGAUGUUGAGUCGUUGUUAUGUCGAUUGUUUUCGUGUUGUGAGUGAGCAAUCAAUCAUUAAUAAAUAAUAAUAGUGGUCUGUGUUUUGGUUUGCUCGUCUUUUUUUUUUAUGAAUUGGUUUGCUCGUCUUUCUGAGUGCAUGUUCAGCACUUUUUUUUUCAUUAGUUAUUGUCUUUUUCUAUUAUCUCUUUUACCUUUAAAAAAUCACAGUAUUCAAUUAUAUUAUAUAUUAUGAUGGAUACAAAAGUGAAUGAAUUUGUAAAGUAUCACUUAUGGUUAACUUAUCACUUUAAAUAGGUUGAGAAGUACUCCAUGUAUUCACAAGGGAGGACCUAGUUGAGGAGGAGAUGUGUGAUGUAUCAAUACUCAAUUGUCAGACCUCCAUUCAAAAUUUCUAUGAAAAAUAAAUUUUACACUAUUACAAUAAAUUCCAAAACCAGAAUCUCUUACGUGCCUUUAAAAUUUUUAAUUGACGCAUCUGUUACAACAACAAUUUAUGAAAUUACUCCAGAACAAUCUUCAAAAUCGGAUUAACUAGUCACCAAUUUAUCAAUAGUUGUUUGAUUGUACACAUUGAAAGAUUUCGAGUUAAAAAUCCUAUUAUGUAUUUAUAAAACCUUUCAUGAUAUAAGAAGUCAUUUCGUAUCAUUGUGAAAAAAACAAUGAAAUUGUAUAUUGUAUUAACUAGAUUUUAAUUUUAUUUAUUAUUUAUUUAAUGUAUUUCUAUGGAUAUGUUUAUUAGUCAAAAUGUACAAAAUUAGUUGUACUCCUACUUUAUAUCAAUGUAUAAGUCAUGUGCAAUAAAAUAAGGAGUCGUUUGGAUUGAGUAUUUGGCAAAAACUUGUUAUUUGUGACCAAUUACAACACAAAUACCACAUAAUAUAAAACUUAUUUUUUGGUAUGUAAUAUUUGGUGCCAAUUACCACAUAAAAGGCCAGAGAAUCAAAAGGCCAUAUGGCAUCCAUGCUGCACAAAAUCUCUCUCUUGCAUGUUGUUUUCUCUAUUAGGAAUCUGGAUGUUUGUUUUUUUGCAUUAUUUUGCUGUUUAUAUGCAUUCGUUGUUAACUAGAAGUGAGUUGUAUAUAUAUAUAUAUAUAUAUAUAUAUAUAUAUAUAUAUAAUCGGAUCGGCAAAUAUUAAAAUUCUGGAAGUCGAAUGCCAACACUUAGGUAUGAUUUGCUUGUGCGAUUUGGGUGAUGAAUUUGGCACUCAGAUCUCAAAUAUCAAAGACUUGACACAAAUUUAUUGUUUGCUAAGGGAUACAAAUUCGUGGGGCUCAUGGAUUUGGACCCUUUUUUUAGAUCCAAAUCCGUAGACCUCACGGAUUUGUUAAUCCCACAAUUCAUUUGGGAUUUGAUAAUGGAAGACAAAAAUGUGAGACAAAUCCAUCAUGAAUCCACGAUAAAAAUUAACUAUUAACAAACAAUGUAAUCUUCCAAAUCCAUAUUGUAACAAAUCCAUCAUAAAUCUAAAAGUUUCUAAAACUCAAAACCCUUGUUUUCAAAUCCAACAAGCAAACAAGCCGAUUGACUUUUGUACAGGUUCAUAAUAUCCUCGUGUUCAUAUAUGCGCUCGUAAUAGAAUUACUAUGUCUUU